CUCAAGCACAUCCUGAUUUCAUUUCCUCUGCUUGUCUUUGGUACCUAAUUCAACGUCAACACCUCCAAAAUGGCUGAGGAGAAGCACCACCACCACCACCACCAUCACCAUCUUUCACACCACAAGGAGGAAGCCCCACCUGAGACCACUGUCUACUCCGAGACCGCAGUCUAUUCUGAAACUGCAUACCCACCAGAAGUUGAUUACAAGAAAGAGGAGAAGCAUCACAAGAAUCUUGAGCACCUUGCCGAGUUGGGUGCUGCUGCAGCUGGCAUUUAUGCCGUGCACGAGAAGCACAAGGCAAAGAAAGACCCAGAGCAUGCCCAGAGGCACAAAAUAGAGGAGGGGGUUGCAGCAGCACUUGCAGUCGGAGCCGGGGGGUUUGCCUUCCACGAGCACCAUGAGAAGAAAGAAGCAAAGAAACAAGAGGAGGCUGCUCGCGGAAAGCACCACUUCUAAUUUAAUUUGAUCUUCUAAUAAAAAAUUAGUAUUAUAUAUUAAUACAUAUUCUGGUUUUUUUUUUCUUUCUGUAUUUUCUCUUUCUUUAAGCAUGUUUUUGAUUUUCUAUUUUUUUUUUAAAGCAUGUUGUUUUGUAUCCCCAGUAACGAACUACCCUAAAUACUUGUACCAAUUCUGAUGUUGAUGUUAAUAAUAAAUUUAUUUAUAAUUA